UUGAGUUUUUGUUUCUCUUACCGAGUCUUGCGAAUGAAAUUAAAGUUAAUGGUACGAUUUUCUUUGUCAGACAUUUGUACAAUUUUUAGGUUAUUUUCAAUAACUUGUCUUUUUUUAAAAGUUUUGGAUUCUCGAUUGCUUCUACCCGUUUGAAUUUCCCAACUUCGAGUUCGAGUCUUCGAGAUACUUGCACGAUCUUAAUUGUUAUACAGAUACCUUGAGAAAUUGAUCAUUGCGAUGUGACCCGAGAAAUCUUUGGAACUCUGGUAUUCUCCUUGCAAUGUCAACAACCACAAGUGAAAACAGCGUCGAAACCCUCGAGCCGGCAGAAGCAAGUAUUGCGGACGUUGAGUGGCAAUGAUGAUGGGAGUCGAGAAAUGGAAUUUCAGUCUGAAAGCGUUAACGAGUCUUCCGAUGGACGGAAAAAGCGAAAGCCUGCUGGUGAUACGGAACUUAUUGCAGUCAAAAACGUAAGAGGGUCUGCACGUCGAUUGCCUAUCUGGAAUUUUUUCCAACAAGGCACGGUAAAGCGGUCGAGCUUUUGGGAGGCGAUUUGCCUGGCGUGUCUGGACAACUCGGGGAGCGGCCAUCCGGUGCGCGGAGAAAAGCGCGUCAUGGAAGCGCAUUUCUACAAAUGUCCAUAUGUCGAUCAACUUACGAAAGACACCUAUCGUUCCGGCACACAGAAUUUCCAAGCGGAAAACGGAUCACCGCCGUUGACAUCGGAGCACUGGGAUGUUCGAGAGUCGAUACCCAGGAACGAGGCUGACGAAUUUCAGAGAGAUGAAUCGAUACCUUUAAGAAGAACGAGGAAAACGUUUGUACCACGGAAAAGUAUUCAUGACAACCUUGCCUCCGUCCAACAUGAUUCAUAUGCGACAACCUUGCCUCCGUCCAUUUGUGGGGAAGCAACUACACAGCGGACAUCGACAUCUGCACCUGUUCCAGUAUUCUCACAGGAAGAAGAACGUUUUGUGCAGUAUAUCUACGGUGUCCUGGGGACUGUGGAGCCAGCUAACAAAAAACGCUACAUGCAAGCUAUAAAAUGUGCCGUUGCGAAGCUGGACCUGGAGAUAGCGGCUGCGUCUCAAGAAUAAUUAUUGUACAAAAGGAACUUUAUGAUUCAGAUCCGCUCGUUCGUUUCUUCCUUUUUGCAAUUCGGAUUUGCGAACUUUUGUUGUUUUUUUCUUUUACGGACAUUUAAUGAGAUUAUUUUACUGAACCCUGCGGAUUCUUUGGUCAUGGUUUAUGGCUAAUCCAAGUAAUCCUGUACGUUAUUUGGAGCUGACGCACAGUUUGGACUUUUGGUUUUUGUCUUUCGAUGUUGCUGUUUAAAUUGUUGUUGGAUUACAAUGGUUUUUGGAUUAUAUAAGUUCCAUGCAAAGGUGAAUUUAAUGUAGAUCUUUCCCUGA